CUUGCCGUAGACAGUUUUGACAGCUGGCUCUCAUUGGCAACAUGGCGGAAGAUAGCUUGCAUGAAGGCGAAGAUGAAAACAUUUUAUACGAUUUACUUGUUAUUACCGAAUGGCCUCCUGAGACUGACACGCAGCAACGAGGCAACAAAGAACACGACACGUCUCUUAUUGCAAGAGCAGCAACGGGCCCAUUCAGAUUAAUCUUGCGCUAUUUGUGGUACAGCCCCUCCAGCUCAUCUUUGCCCCUCGGUCUGAUCCGGCUGGCGAACAAACAGAUCAACUGGCAGCUGGUGCUUGCAAGUAAUGGCAAACUCUUGGCUGUGGUUCAGGACCAGUGUGUGGAGAUUAGGUCUGUAAGAGAUGACUUUGGCUCGGUCAUUGGGAAGUGCCAGGUUCCAAAGGACCCCAACCCCCAAUGGCGGCGGGUGGCUUGGAGCCACGACUGCGCCCUGCUGGCGUUUGCGGACAGCACGGGCACAGUGCGCCUCUUCGACCUUGUGGGCAGCGAGCUGUUUGUCAUCCAGCCGGAGCUGAGUUUCCCCGGAGAUUUCAGCUGCGCCGUGGCAGGCCUAAUUUUCCUGGAGUACACGGGCGGCGCUCAGUGGUCGGCCGAGCUACUCGUUCUCACGUACGGGGGCGGGCUCAAGAGCUACCUGGUCAGCGUGGGGACCAAUCAGAACUUCCAAGAGAACCACACCUUCAGCUUUUCGUCCCACUACGCCCACGGCAUCACCUCGGCCAUUUACCACCCGGGACACCGCCUGCUGCUGGUAGGAGGCUGCGAGUCUGGGGACGACAGCACAUCCAAAGCCUCUUGCUGCGGCCUCACCGCCUGGAGGGCUCUGUCCGGCUCGCCCCACUACAAGCAGGUGACCAGCUACGAAGAUGACAUCAACCUGAGCCAGAAGCGAGGUUUCUUAAGGAUGCCCACCUUCAGGCUGUUCAGCAGGCAAGGAGAUGAAAAGGACGGCGUAUUCCGCAUGAGCCUCAGCCCCGACGGCACCCUGCUGGCUGUCAUCCACUUCUCGGGUCGCCUGUCUCUAUGGGACGUCCCCUCGCUUAAGCAGAGGGCCGCGUGGGAGCAGGACCAACAGCCAGGAUUUGAGGAGAUCAAUCCGGAGUGGAAGACGUCGCUGGAGAGGAGGAAGAAAAUAAAAGAUAAAGAGCAGUACCAGCCGCUAUUGGACAUCAACUGGUGGAGUGAAAACGUCCUCAUCCUGGCUCGUUGCUCGGGCUCCGUGACCGUCUCGUCUGUCAGGACCCUCAGGAACCUCCUGGGCAAAUCCUGCGAGUGGUUCGAGCCCUCGCCCCGGGUCACGGCCGCACACGAUGGCGGGUUCCUCAGCCUGGAGUGCGAAUUGAAGCAUGCCCACAAGCGCGGGCGUGUGGAGAGCAACCUCAGCGGCGAAGAUGAGGAUGGUGGCGACGGCGGCGGAGACUCGGAUUCUGACGACGAGUCCUCCGCAAAGGCCCGCUACUUUGGCUACAUCAAACAGGGCCUGUACUAUGUCACGGAGAUGGAACGUUUCGCGCCCCCACGUAAGCGCCCGCGCACCGUGGUCAAGAACUACCGGCUGGUUAGUCUGAGGUCCACCACUCCUGAAGAACUCUACCAGAGGAAGAUUGACAGUGAAGAGUACGGUGAGGCCUUGUCUCUUGCCCAAGCGUACAAUCUGGACUCAGACCUGGUCUACCAGAGACAAUGGAGGAAGAGUACAGUCAGCAUCGCCUCCAUUCAAGACUACCUGAGCAAGAUCCGUAAGCGCUCGUGGGUGCUGCACGAGUGCGUGGAGCGCGUCCCGGAGAACGUGGAUGCGGCCAAGGAACUGCUGCAGUACGGCCUAAAGGGGACUGACUUGGAGGCCCUCAUUGCCGUAGGGAACAGAGAGGACGGGGGCAGGUUUAUCAUGCCGGGCGACGUUGACCUAGACGACCUUCCGUAUGAGGACCUGUCAGACGAGGACGAGAUGGAGAUGAAGAAGGAGAAGGACAGCAAGAGGAGACGAGAACUUCUGGCCAAGGUUGACUUCAGCAGGUUGACUCUGGAGCAGAAGGAGCUGUGUCGGAGCCGUCUGAAGCUGCUCUCCUAUCUAGACCGUCUGGCAACAUAUGAGGAGAUACUCGGAGGUCCUCAUGCAGCAGAGCAGAAAUACGAUGCAGAGUUCUUCAAGAAGUUCCGUAGUCAAAAUAUUGUGUUGUCGGCCAGGAACUACGCCAGGGAGAGCAAUGUGCAGGCUCUGGACAUCCUCUUCACCUACCACGGGGCAGAGCUCUUGCAGCAUCGUCUGGCCAUCCUCUACAACUUCCCAGAAACAACCUCUCCACACGAGUACACGGUACUGCUCCCCGAGGCCUGUCUGAACGAGCGAGGCGAUCUGGUUUUGAUUCCCUGGGAUGAGCAGAGACACCGAGAAAUGGACUGGUGUGAGGCGGAGGAGUGCAGGGCGGUGUUGGAACAGAACCUGUUUGAUGAUGACAUGUUUCUCUACGAGGACGCUCCGGAUCUGCUGAGGUUCCGCUCGGCGACUCCUUCCAUUCAUCUCCUCACCGACUGGUACCGCAGCCGAGCGCAGGAUAUCGACUCUUGCUCCAGACAGGUGGACUGCGCCCUGUCAUUGGUGCGCCUCGGGAAGGAGCGUGAGAUCCCCGGCCUGGAGAUCCUGUGCGAUGACCUGGUCACCCUGGAAACGGUGAUCUACGAGACGCUCUGUGAGCUGAACCUGACGCUUUCCAAGUUGCAGCGGAUGGGCGACAUUGACAAGCUCCGCCUCCUCAUGAAAAAUUCCAGCAGGGAGCGCUACGUGAAAGAUGCCUUCCAGUGGAUGGUGCCCUUCCUGCACCGCUGUGAGCGACAGGAGGAGGGCGCCGCCAAACGUCUGCUCAGAGACUACCUGGUCGGUCUGGCCCAGCGGGACCUCACCUUUCCUCUCAUCAUCUUCCAGCACUCCAAACCUGAUUGUCAGCAGAAGGUGAUCGGGGACCCUGACCAGCUGAUGGGGUUGGCCCUGGAGAGCAUCUACAGCAGCGAGAGAGACGACCAGCUCAGCCUCUGCUAUGACAUCCUGGAGUGUCUCCCGCAGAGAGGCUUUGGGCCUGAAACGGAUGUCACAUCUUCCCUGCAUGAUCAGGUGGACAAACUAGAGAAACACCUCAGUGUGGCGGAGGUCCUGGAGAAACACGGCCUACAGAAGCCCAUCUCCUACGUAAGGAACAGUCAGAACAGCCCAGAGGAAGCCCACCAGCUCAUGAUCAAACUGUGUCGCCACACAGGACGCAAGAGCCCCCCCGUGGGGGAGACGGUGUGGAGAGGUGUGCUGCAGGAUCUGUUGGACAUGCAGCAGAACGUCUACGGCUGUUUGAAAGCGGAGACCUGCCACCAGAUUUUUGUCGAGUCGCUGCUGUGCUCCAGCCGCCUGGAGAACGUUCGCCUAGCCGGACAGCUGAUGCACUGCUCCAAGGUCAGCCAGGACGUCCCCGUCAGCCUGUCCUUCCGCGGUAAGAGCUUUGCCAUGAAGGUGGCCUACGACAGCAGCGUGGAGCUGGUGCUGGCCGCCGCUAGAGAAUACUUCAACUCCUCCACCACGCUGACAGACUCCUGCAUGGGCCUGGCCAGGGCGUGUCUCCAGCUCAUCACCGACUGUCCUUCGGCUGUCCUCGAUGAGCUGGACCUCAUCAGUGCCCUCAGCCAGCUGGAGGACUUCAGCGUCAACAUCCUGCCUCUGCAAGUGCGUCUGCGUUCUGACCGUCUGUCUCUCAUCGAGGAGUGCAUCGCCCACUGCUCCACCGCCUACAAGCAGUCCAACACUCUGCUGAGUCUGGCUUCUCUGCUGCGAGUGGCAGGGGAUGAUGAGGACACCCGCAAAGGGCAGGUGUUGACCCUGCUAGCGCAGCAAGCCCUGCAGUUCCUGGACUUGAAAGCUGCGUACAUUCACUGUCAGGACCUCAUGGCUGCAGGUUACAGUCCAGCCUGGGAUGUGUGCAGCCUGCUGGGCCAAUGCGAGGGCUUCACCGACCUGGAAGCCAGACAGCAGCUGAUGGCCUACGCUCUCACCCACUGUCCUCCUGACAACAUCCACGCUCUGCUAGCGGCCUCCAGCGACCUCCAGACUCAGGUGUUGUACCAGGCGGUGAAGUACCAGAUGGAGCCCGAGGUAGAAACCUGGAAAUGUGGAAAAGAAUCAGACGACAGCGACUCAUUAAAGGUCCCGCCUCCCUCCGAGGGGACCCCUGCAUCGACAGCGGGGGCCCUGCUCCACAGGACGACGGCUAAAACCAUGGAGGUUCUGACCACCACGGGGCUGACCACCAAGGCUGUGCUGACGGCCGUCGGCGACCACCGCUGGUGGAAGCAGUCGCUCAACUACCUGCGUCCGCUGCAGGGGAGCAGCGAUGGAACCGCUGUUGAGGAGUGGCCGUGUGAAAACGCCAACCUGGAGCGCCAAGGAUGUUGUUCCUUCUAUCAAGAUCUCUUUGAGCAUGUCUAUGUAGACCCGAGUCAAGACGUGUAUUCAUCCUACAAGGAUGUUUCCCCGGAAAACUUUGCAGAGGUUCUGCUGAGGACCGGCAAACUGGCCGAGGCCAAAAAUGAAGGAAGAACCCCGUUUCCUGCUACGGAGGUUUUACUGCAGCUGGCCAACGACGCCUUUCCACGGGACAUGAUGUUGGCGCUGUCCUACUUACUGGCCCUGCCUCAGGUCCUGGACGCCAACAAGUGCUUUGACAAGCAGUGCCACUCGGCCCUUUCCCUCCAGCUGGCGGCGUACUACUACUCCCUGCAGAUCUACAGCCGCCUGAUGCCCUGCUUAAAGGACAAGAAGCACACCCUCUACCAGGCUGACCCAAAGGAGCUGAUCCACCUGGUCACCCGCCACGUAUCCUCGUAUUCGGGUUGGCCGGAGGAGCUGCAGAAUUUGAUCGCACAGCUCCACGCCUACAACGAGCGCCUGACCGACUUCACCCAGGCCCAGGUGCUGCAGGGGCUGGGCCGCGGCGUGGACGUGCAGAGGUUCAGCUCCGACCCCGACUACAAAAAGGAGACCAUACUUGGCCUGGCGGAGACGCUGGAUCACAGUGUGUACAGCAUCUCGGUAUCGUUGGCUAAGCGCUACAGCAUUCCUCUGUGGGAGGUCCACAUGACUCAUCUGGAGUUCCUCUUCACUGACAGCGGCCUCUCCACCAAGGACAUUGAAUCCCGCAGCGAUUCACUGGGCCUGUUCCAGACUCUAAAGAGCAACCCCCAGGCCUUUUAUAGCCACAUGAACAAGUAUGUUCUUCCCAGCGUGGAGGGAAGCGACCUGGGCCGCCUGCUGUAUUACUACACCUUGCUGGACGCCGCCGGCUGCGAGCCUUACAUGGUUGGCGCCGCCAUCAAACCGGAAAGCCACGUCAAGCUGCUCAAGAAGCUUCGAGCCGUGGCCAGCGGCUUAAACUACCGCCAGCUGACAGACGAGUCCCUGGACCCACUGGCCGUCCUAGAACCGGUCCUGACCAGUCAGAACGUGCUGUCCAUCUCGAAACUCGCCAAUCGUCUGCCAAGGCCCGCUGGCAGCGCCGGUGGCGGUGGAGAACCGGCAACGCUCUCCCCCAGCGAGGUCCACGCCACAUGGCUGCAGAAGUUGUUCUGGAAAGGAGACGCCCAGUUGCUGAAAAGACCUCCACAGAGCGACCAGGACUACCUCCAUGCUUACGACACCUGCGCCAAGUACCUGGACAGGCUGGUGCCUGCUGAUGCCAUCCACUUCCUGGACAACAUCACUUUCUCUACAGAGGCUGUCCAACAGCUGAGCAUCCAAGUGCGAUCCGGGCUGAUCAGCCAAGCCACCAAAGCCCUGCGCCAGCUGGGCGAGAAGAGCAGGAAGCGCGGGCACGAGAUGGCCGGCGACCGGGAAGGGACGGGCUCGGCGGCAAUGACUUAUGACGAGGCCCUGGCGCACCUGCAGCAAUCACAAGCCCACCUGGACACGCUCAGUCACCCCUUCGUCCUUUCGCUCAAAGACAGCCAACAGAAGCAGCUGCAGCGUUACAGUCGACUGUACGAUAUGUCCCGGUCCGAGAGGUCAAAGGUGCACGAGCUGGCAGUCGCCAUGGCAACCGACGGGCAGCCCCUGGAAAGCAUCGCAGAGCUCUUGCGGGUCGCUGUGGGUUGCCUGGACCUGUCCGUCAAAAGCGUACUGCAGGAUGCCGUCGCCAGAGCAGUCGCCGCACUGAGCGGCGAUUCCGACCACCUUCUGACUCACCCAGAAGCCCUCAGGGUGCUGGAGGCCAUGGUGACGGCGGUGUACCACAGUGUGCAGAAAGGUGACGAUGCGGUGACCUCGGACGACCUGCUGGCCUGGUUGCGUCCGUUCUGCGGCGAUGCGUCCCUGCCGGUGCGUCCUCGCAUCGCUGUACUGCAGAUACUGGAGAGCAACUUUAGCCUGCGAGACAGCGACGUCCGUCUGCUGCUGCUCUACAGGACGGAGGCUGUGCUCAAAGACAGACAGGUGGAGAUGGAAGAUGUGGAGAGUGAGGAGAAAAGGUACAGCCUCUUCCUCCAUCUGCUGGAGGUCGCAGACAAGUGGGAAGACUUCCAGACGCUCAUCCUGCUCCUGCAAGCUUGGCCGCCCAUGAUGCAAGAAGACGUGGUGCAAUCGCAGCGUAACCCCUGGGUGGUGCUGACUACAGCAAUGCUGCCCCGCUGCCAGGGGUCGGAAGUGGAUGUGGACCUGGGUCAGCAGGUUGUGACCAUGGUACGGUCCUUGUACAACAGCAAGCAUAAGCUCCCCUCACAGUGUAUCAGAAGCAUGGCCGACCUGCUGCUACAACACGAGCCCAGCCUCCGGCAGCCUGCGCUCAAGCUGAUGGCUGAGAGCGGCGACGGCGAGCUGCUGCAGCUCACUUUGGAUCACAUCAACGGCAUGAGCACAGAAACGGCGUCUUCGUGCGACGGCGAGCUCCUGGGGCUCCUCUUGGACGCCGGGCUCCUGGUGGGCUGCGUGUCGUCGGCCGUCUACCCGCUCCUCCGCGCCCACAUGCUCGCCCACCAGCAGGAGCGCGGCUGGGAUGUGGAAAAGGCGGCCGCCCAGCUGCUGGAAGCCGGACACGGGGCCGAGGCGGGCUCCCUGCUGCUGGCACACCGCGGGACCCAUCAGGGACAGUUCACCUUCAACUCUGCUUUGGCCGUUCUCAAGAGGUGGCUGUGAAGAGGUUCGAUUCCCGGAUGACUGGCAAAAAGGUAGCUGUCUUAUGAUGUCACACAAAAUCCUGCAGCCGUGAAUCAAGGUGGGAGCGCUCUUUGUGCAUAAAGUAUUUGUGUGAUGAAGCAAUUGGUCGCCUGAAUUUUAGCAUUCUGGUGCUUUGUUGUUAUUUAAAAAAAAAUGCCGCCUCGUCACCGCUGUUUUCACCCCAAUAAUGUCAAAUUAAUUCCUGCAAAACCAAUUAGCCUCACGCUGUCCUUCUCGCUCUUAUAUGCACACGUGGUAGCAACAGUGAUAGCAACUAAUGAUGUGAUGUUCUUACAUACUGUAAACAUCAACUCACUUUUAUGCACAUCUGAAGUAAUCAUGAUAAAUACACAAAUGACAUUCAAAUACAAAAAAACUCUUCUUACACUUAAAGCACUCAUGUUUUGCCAAAUUAUGUAUUCAUUGCAAAUAAAAUAUCUCAAGACUGUGUAUUAAAUUUAAUGCAAAAUACUACAAAAUUCUAGCAAAAAGUUCUAUUCUGUGUCAGUGACCAUGAAUGUGUUCUCAUGACCAUUUAUGGUGCAAACAGGUAGCGCUUAGUUUGACUUCAACAGAAAAGCUUUGCAACAGCAUCGCUUUUUUUUUUUUUUGCCAGGAAAAUGUUAUCAAUGUAUGAAGAUUGGUAAUUCAAAACAAACAUUUAAAAAAAAAAGCAUCACUAUGCAACUACAAAUACUGUGUAUUACAUUUUGUGUAGAAUCUGACAAAAGUCUAGUGAAAUUGUCACAAGAUCUCGCGAGAUCACGUGACAAAACAGUCUCUUUGGCAUGAUGAUAAAUAAAUAAAUGAAUCACACAAUAAAUGAAAAUGAACUCCAUAAUUUCAUGCAUGCAUGUCUGUUGUCCUCGUCCCUCGCCUUCAAACAGGCAGCAAGAGAUGUGUUGGUUAAAUAGAACAAUGGGAUGAACAGAGUGAGCCAUUUUGUCAGUCUUAUAGUCUCUUUGUUUCGGUAGGUGGAGGCGGGGCCGCUACCAUACACACAGAGAAGAGUUUAGCCGUGUGCGUUAAAAUCCUGUCUCAUCGACUCAAUCUCGUGUAUUGUCUUGUCUUGUCAACAGAGUGUAGAAAUCAUCCUCGCAUUGUUUAAUAUACUCUGAUUUCCAAAAUCCAAAAAUAUGAAUGGAGACGGCAAAAAAAAGUACUUAUUAAAUAACAUUUGAUAGAAAAUCUUAUAAACGAUAGUGAGAACAGCCCAAUAAUGUUUGUUUGGUUGUCUGUCUCACUCAUCAGAGCUGAAAUAAACAGAAACAACACAACAAUCGCUUGCCAAUGUUUUUUCUGCUCUUUUCUUUGUGUUUUGGUUUCUUUCCGCAGGCGGCCUCGUUAACAUGUCGCUGACUUUCACGGCUAAUGAACGGUUGUUCAAGUCAUUUGUUCUCCUGAUGGAUGCACUUAAAAAAAAAAACAUAAUUACCCACA